UGUGUGUGUGUGUGGUGUGUGUGUGUGUGUGAGUGUGCGCGCUCGGAGUGUGUGUAUUUGUGUAUCGGCGGUCCUGCAGGUCCCGGAUGUUGCGGACAGUAUGAGGCGAGCUCAGGGGGACAGGGACCAGCAGCUGUCGCCGCCGCUCUCAGAGUGAAGAAAGAACAGAAAUCUUUGUUCCCUGACUUUGGAAACCUUGUUUAACCUUCAAACUGGCGAUGUCAAGGGUUCCAAGUCCUCCACCUCCGACAGAAAUGUCGAGUGGCCCUGUAGCUGAGAGCUGGUGCUACACACAGAUCAAGGUAGUGAAAUUCUCCUACAUGUGGACCAUUAAUAACUUUAGCUUUUGCCGAGAGGAAAUGGGUGAAGUCAUUAAAAGUUCAACCUUUUCAUCAGGAGCCAAUGAUAAACUGAAAUGGUGUUUGAGAGUAAACCCAAAAGGGCUAGAUGAAGAAAGCAAAGAUUACCUGUCACUUUACCUGUUACUGGUCAGCUGUCCAAAGAGUGAAGUUCGGGCAAAAUUCAAAUUCUCCAUCCUGAAUGCCAAGGGAGAAGAAACCAAAGCUAUGGAGAGUCAAUGAGCUUAUAGGUUUGUGCAAGGCAAGGACUGGGGAUUCAAAAAAUUCAUCCGUAGAGAUUUUCUUUUGGAUGAGGCUAACGGACUUCUCCCAGAUGACAAGCUUACCCUCUUUUGCGAGGUGAGUGUGGUACAAGAUUCCGUAAACAUUUCUGGCCAGAAUACCAUGAAUAUGGUGAAGGUUCCUGAAUGCCGGUUGGCAGAUGAGUUAGGAGGGCUGUGGGAGAAUUCCCGGUUCACAGACUGCUGCCUGUGUGUUGCUGGCCAGGAAUUCCAGGCUCAUAAAGCUAUCUUAGCAGCACGUUCUCCAGUUUUUAGUGCCAUGUUUGAACAUGAAAUGGAAGAGAGCAAAAAGAAUCGGGUUGAAAUCAAUGAUGUGGAGCCUGAAGUUUUUAAGGAGAUGAUGUGCUUCAUUUACACGGGGAAGGCUCCAAAUCUUGAUAAAAUGACUGAUGAUUUGCUGGCAGCUGCUGACAAGUAUGCCCUGGAGCGUUUAAAGGUCAUGUGUGAGGAUGCCCUCUGCAGUAACCUCUCCGUGGAGAAUGCCGCAGAAAUUCUCAUCCUGGCUGACCUCCACAAUGCAGAUCAGUUGAAAACUCAGGCAGUGGAUUUCAUCAACUAUCAUGCUUCGGAUGUCUUGGAGACCUCUGGAUGGAAGUCAAUGGUUGUGUCACAUCCCCACUUGGUGGCUGAAGCAUAUGGCUCUCUGGCUUCAGCACAGUCUUCGUGGCUGGAUAAGGCCCAGAGGCACACCCUGACCCUCCAUAGGUCAACGCUGGCCGGCGUCCAUGGAGGCGGAAGGCGACGCUCGGUCAGUGUUACCCCAGCGGCAGCAGCUGUCUGGACACAACUGUCGGCCCCCAGGCUGUGA